GUAGUGGUACGCGCUGGAGCUGGCUGUGAAGAUGGCGGACGAGGAGGCCGACCAGGACCGUAGUCCUGAGAACGGUAUUAGUGAAACGAUUUGGGAACUUAGACAACGGUUACAAGAGCUGCAAGAAAUUGUGGUUAGAGAAAGCGACGACUCUUCGGUCCAGUCUUCUUCUGAGUAUUGCCAAGAGUUUUGUAGGACACUGCUGGAGUAUGCAGGCCGUUGGAAGAUAGAGGAGGAGCCUCUACCACUGGUGGAAGUGUACAUAGUUGCGCUGCUGAGUUACGCCCAGGCCUCUCCAUACCUCUCCCUGCAGUGUGAAAAUGUUCCUCUUGUGGUUGAGAGGCUGUCACUGAGUUUUGUGGAGCUUUUGCUCUCAUUGAAGGAGGAUGUUCCAGGCAGCUUGUGGAAAGAAUUCAAGUCAUCUGUGCAGUUUGCUCACAGUAAGCUGCAAGAGAAUGGACUCACUCAACUGUCCCUACUGUCUGGUUUGGGCCAGUAUGAUGGUGUUUGGACCAACAAGGUCCUGCAAGGCCUUCUGUCCAAUGAAAAUCUACAGACAGACCAAGUUGAGGAGUUCCUGAUGCAGGAGGGGCUGGUCCUGUUGGAGAUGAGAGUGAAGCAGCUGAUGAAGGAAAAGCAGCUGGGGAAGGCUGCACUGCUGGCAAAGACAUGCUCUGAGUGUCCUGUUCUCCAAGGGAAAGGACCUUUCAAGCAGAUGUACCUUGUCUGCCUCUGUGCUACCUCAGAUCAGGAUCAGCUUAUGGACGAGCUUUCAAAGGAGGACUGCCGAGAUGCAUUAGAGAUGAUCUGCAAUCUGGAGUCAGAUGGAGAUGAAACUGCAGCUUUCAGCUUAUGCUCAGCCUUCCUCAGGCGGCAGCUUCUCCAAGGAGAUACAUACUGUGCUUGGGAGCUCACACUGUUUUGGAGCAAACUGCUAAAGCGAUUGGAGCCAUCAGAGCAGGCCUUCCUCGACAGAUGCCGCCAGAUGUCCUUACUUUCCAAAACCGUGUACCAUAUCCUGUUCCUCAUCAAGGUCAUCCAAUCAGAGAUUGACAGCAUUGGACUACCAGUGUGCAUUGAAAUGUGCAUAAGGGCUCUGCGAAUGGAAUCAGAUGAUGGAAAUACCAAGGCCACUGUGUGUAAAACUAUUUCCUGUUUGCUUCCUAAUGACCUAGAAGUCAAGCGAGCCUGCCAGCUGACUGAGUUCCUCCUGGAGCCCACAGUGGAUUCCUACUACGCUGUGGAGACUCUUUACAAUGAACCAGAUCAAAAACUAGAGGAGGAGAAUAUGCCCAUUCCCAACUCACUGCGCUGCGAGCUCCUGUUGGUUUUUAAGACCCAGUGGCCUUUUGACCCAGAGUUCUGGGACUGGAAAACACUUAAGCGUCAUUGUCUAGCACUGAUGGGUGAAGAAGCUUCAAUAGUGUCAUCCAUUGACUUGCUGAAUGAUACUGAAAGCCCUGAGGAAGAGGAAGACUUCUUCAGUCAGGAGGGGCUUAAGAAUAUCCCAGACCAUUUAGUCAGUGGUACGUAUGAACUAAAAGACAUCACAGACAAAAGACAGAAAAACAGAGAAAUGAAGAAACUGAGAGAAAAAGGUUUCAUAUCUGCUAGAUUCAGAAACUGGCAGGCAUAUAUGCAGUACUGUGUGUUGUGUGACAAAGAGUUUCUCGGCCACAGGAUUGUACGCCAUGCACAGACUCAUCUUAGUGGUGGAGUAUACAGCUGCCCUAUAUGUGCUCAAACCUUUACCUCAAAAGAUACAUUGAUUCCCCAUGUAACGUCACAUGUCAAACAGUCAUGCAAGGAAAGGCUAACUGCAAUGAAAACCAACAAGAAAUUGGCUAAUCCCAAAACGGCUGCCCCUGUUAUUGCAGCGUUAAAGGCCAAGACGGAAAAUGAACUAUAUGAAAAUGGUGAUUCUCUAGGGCAAAAUGGGGGGGUUAUACACAAUGUUCAGGUCAGAGUGGAAAGGUGUAACACAGAGAGUAGUGAGGAUAAUGUAUGCCCAGUUGGAAAAUGCAGAAGGAGCUUCAAAUUUUUCAAGAAUCUCAUUGCACAUGUUAAAGCUCAUGGGGACAACGAGGAAGCAAAGACUUUCCUCGAAAUGCAGAGCAAAAAGGUUGUUUGCCAGUACUGCCGCCGCCACUUUGUCAGUGUCACCCAUCUUAACGAUCAUUUGCAGGUCCACUGUGGUGUGAAGCCUUACAUCUGUAUACAGUUGAACUGCAAGGCAAGUUUCUUGUCCAACACUGAGCUCCUCAUACACAGGAAAACACAUUCUGUUUUUAAAGCUAGAUGCAUGUUUCCCAAUUGUGGAAAGAUUUUCAAUGAGGCCUUCAAACUGUAUGACCAUGAGGCACAACAUUAUAAAACUUUCACUUGUAAAGCUGUGGAUUGUGGAAAGGUAUUCCAUUCACAACAGCAACUGGAUGUGCACCAGGAGGAGCAUGCUACUCAAGAGGAAAGCCCAUCUUCUGAACAGACCUCACAAAAUAUGCAUCCUGGCCCUUCACUCAUUGAGCAAAUGCUUUCAAAUCACACUCCUCUUAAAAAAGAGAGUUGCCAAGAGAACUGGAACACUGAAAAUCCUGUUAAUCCAGAUCAUGGAAGACUGUCAGUGUCCAUUGAGAGCUUGCUGAAAUCUUCACAAGUACCUGUGGAAACCUUAAGACAGUACAAAGUCAAACAUGACCCACAAAAUAUGCCUUUCUCAACCACUCAGACACAGAGUUUAAAUAAUUCUGUGAUUCAGCCUGUGAAUUCCAACUUGUCUGUUCCUAAUAAUCAGAGAGAUGGUUCUUUUGAUUAUAUGAGACCUCAACAGAAUCAACCAGUACAUCAAUAUGAACAGAAUUUAGGUAACAUGUCACUUGGCUGUAAUACACACGUCUUACAAGGCCAGCCACAAAUGUUCUCCAGUAAUGUGAAUAUUGGGUCAAUGAGUUACAACUCUGACUGCAGUUUACCAUUGCCCAGUCAGGAACUGCCAGCGUGUAGCAGCAGUCUGUUAACAGUAUCAUCAUCCCAAAACUCUGUAGAGCCAGCAAUGUCACAACCACUUCCUCCAACACUAACCCCUCAGUCGCUUUCUGGAAACAGACCAGAGAACUCUGUUACAUCCUCAACGACCACAGGUCCCCCUCCAGGACAGAGAGAGCGAUUUCACUGUGCAUUUGAAAUGUGUACAAGGCACUACAGCUCUUACAGAAGUGUUACUAAGCACAUGAAAACAGUUCACCCAGAUUUCUAUGAGCAAUGGAAAGUUAGUCGAACUAAAAUCAGGAUAACCUACACUUCAGCACCAAGCACAUCAUCUAUUGACAUUUCAGAUUCUGUCACCUCACUUCAGAAUCAGCACAGCAACAAAGUACCAGUUCAUGGAGUUCAAAGGCAGAAUGUUAUCCAAUCACCCCCUUAUACUAACAUGGGCACAGGCUCUAACUAUUCUUCAUCUGCGCACAACCAGAAUGCUUCACUUCUGAUGGAAAAUGUUUUAAAUCCCAUUGUUCUCUCUCAGUUAGGAAGUGAAACAAAUCCAAUAGCUACACAGUCCCAAGUUUCAGAUAAUCAAAAUUGGCACCCAGUCCCUGGAAGUGGACAAAUUCAAAAUUGUGGCUCUUCCCAAAUCUAUCCAUCUAACUUGCAAGUGAUGCCUCAAGUUGAUUCUAGCAGAGGUGCUCUACCUCCUAAUGUCCCAUCUUGCUCCAUGAUAGGACUAACGAUGACAAGAUCAGCAGAGUCCUUGCAGUCACCACUUACGGAAAAUGGGUCCCUGUCAGUUUUCCCCUCGUGCAUGGAGGGUGUAAAAGAAGUGUCACAGCAAACAGAAGAACUUCUUCCGCCAUAUACAUCACAGAUGCAGAGCAGUUUAGCCUCAGGUUCCAAGUCACCAGAAAAAACAAAGGCGAAUCAAAAUCAUGUGCAGUCCAGUUUUCCCUCCUCAGACAUUGCAGGCCAAAAUAGCAGUAACAACCAAUCUCAAAAUGGCCCACUCUCUGAAAACAACCCGGAAAAUCAAAAACGAACCAAAAGAAACAGAAGAACCAAAUGGCCUGCUAUUCUUAGGGAUGGCAAAUUUGUUUGUUGCAGGUGUUUCAGACAGUUUAAUAGUCCCAAAUCCCUUGGAGGUCAUUUGUCCAAGCGUGCAAUCUGCAAACCAUAUGAAGAGUCGGAACUGAACACAGACCUGCCAACAUCAUUUCUUGACCUCCUCAAUUCAGAGCAAAGAGUUAGCACCACUCAGCCACAGUUGUCUUAUAAUCCUGCUGCUGUGUAUCAGGAAAAGCCUCAUCAGUCAGUAACAAGUACUUCAACAGUCACAAAAGAUUACCCCACUGACGAUUAUCCACAAGAUAAUUUGCCAGCAUAUGGGGAUGGUGAGUCAAAUGAUGACAUCCUUAAACAAAUCAUGGCCGAAUCCAGUAUGUCUGAUCUUUUUGUGCCCACACCUGCUCCCCAGCCAUUGUUUCAAAACCCAUGUGUUGCCUAUGGAGCCGGUGAGCGUUUGCCAGGGAGCUCAGUCAUACAGCAUACAGAAAAUGUCCAGUUGAAGAGAGAGGAGAGGCAAGAGGACAACUCAUAUAGUACAACUCAUUAUCCUCAGCCAAGCAGUGGUACGUUUGCUAGAAGUGAGUUCCCUGACCCGCUUCUUUCUCAAAUCCUCACUGAAAACCCUUCUGCUGUUCCUGGCAAUGUACCUACAAACCACUUGACUCCUGGGGAAAUUCACAGUGAAGGGUAUCACUCUGAGACAACCAUUCAGACAACAGAUACAGUUUCAAAUCCAGUGAUGCAAACGGUGUUACCUGAUAGUCACAUUAGCCAAGUGACAACAAGUGGCAAGCAGACAGAGACACAAAGGAAGACUACAGAGCAAGAUAUUAAAAAGAGACUGCGGGAGCAGAUUUUGGCUGGUGACUUUCAACGAAGAAACAGCUUAUGUCUUUCAGGCAGUACCGACCCUAAUGCCAGUUCAAACAAUCCCAUGACUUUUGACCCACUGUGUGGUGCCUCCAAUAUAUCUGGACUUCAUCAGAUGUCUCGUGAUACAAAGAGUGACUCAGUCAGUCAUGGACAACUCAUUCAAGAAAAUCCUGUAAUCAUCCCAGGAACCUCUGGUGAAAUUGAACGACUACUGAACACACACAGCUUUACUUGUUUCAGGGAGACGUCCACCCCACAGCAGGAUGUCCUGAGCCCCACAGGUAUUGCAGUAAAUGAUGCAGAUCUUGAACCCAGUCAGUUAUCUGCCAGCCAGCAGCAGUGGAUGACAGAAAUUCAAAGUGCAUUUGAAAGGCUCGACCUGGUCAGAGAGAUAUCUGAUCAGAUACCAGCUUCUGUGAAACAAAAUGCUAGUCCUAUGAACAGUGAGACAGGACCCACAAAGGUCCAGUCACGUAGCUCAAUGUUGUCUACUUACGUCAAACCGUUUGCAUGUGAGAAUGAGAACUGCCCAUUUAGUUCCAUGUCAAGUGAAGCACUUUGGAAACACCUGUCCAAAACUCACAACUACACACUUGAGAUGGUGAAUGUGGUUAAAAAAAGGUAUGGCCUAUAUGCUCCAUUCAAGUGUCAAAGGUGUAGUAAAGCAUUCACUCGUAACUCAAACCUUCGCACUCACUACCAGUCAGCUCACAAAUUAUCAGCUAAAGAAAUCGCAGAUCUAGAUAUGAAGCGCAGGCUGGCCAAUGCUACUGCAGCUGCUGCUAUCCAAAAGUGGCCUGUUGGUGCAAACCAGGCCCCAGUGGCUCAAACCACAGUGACUACUCAUCCAUCCUUGGAGAACAGAGCACGAGAUACAGGAACUAACAUUGACAUAACUACUCAGAAAUUUCAAGAUGACAGUCGUUCCACAGUCAUUCAACCCUUGCAAACUGUCCCCACGCACAACCAACCUCCAUUUGCCACACCAGAGGCUAAUGGGGCUCCAUCUCUCGACAAUCAGUCUGCAAUUAACAGGCAGUCAGUAGUUAAGCCAACCAUAGACAUUACCAAGAAGACAAAAGAGAAGAAGUCCAACGGUGAUUCCAUGAGUCCAUACAGACCAUAUCGUUGUGUUCAUCAGGGCUGUGUGGCAGCCUUUACCAUUCAGCAUAAUCUGAUCCUCCAUUACAGGGCUGUCCACCAGUCUGCUUUGUCAGCAUUAGAGGUGAACAAGGAGCAGGACCAGAGUGAGGGAUUGGAUGAAACAAUGGAACAUGAUGAGGAGGACCCAGAGGCAGAGAUCCCCCAAAUUUUAGAAUUCAGAUGCCAGGUCAAAGACUGCUCCCGAGUUUUCCAAGAGGUUCCCAACCUUUUGCAGCACUACCUUCAGCUGCAUGAAUUCAGUCUUGAUAAGGUUGGCAAUCUCUUGUCUGGCAUCAAACUCGGCAAGUUUGCUUGUGGCCACCAAGGAUGCACAGCAUCCUUCACUACUCUCUGGAAGUACAUUGGGCAUGUUAAAGAACAGCAUAAAGAUAUAAAGCUGGCCAAACCUGAGCAGUUGAAUGGCUCAUUCAAGUGUGAAAUUGAAGGCUGUGACCGUUCAUAUGCAACAAAGUCAAACCUGCUCAGACAUGUCAUGAAAAAGCAUCACGACCUGUAUCAGCCUAAACUAAAAAAUCAACAGAUAAAAGAAGAUGGGUUGAAACAAAGCUCAAAGACUUUGCAUUACCAAAUGACCAAGACAAGUAAUGGGAAGGAAAACAUUGAGAGCAAUAAAAAGAUCAUACAGAGGGGCGGUGACACAAAGAGAGUAAGCAAGUCAAAAAACAAUCACUGGACAAAAUAUGGAAAACCCUCACUGAAAUCUAAAGUGGAGGCAUCUGCAAUGUGUACCAAGAAAUUUCCUCUACAAUACCCAUGUAUGAUCAAAGGUUGUGAGUCAGUCAUGAAAUCAGAGCGGAGCAUAUUAAAACAUUACAUGGGACAUGGGCUGUCAGAAAAGUAUCUGGAACAGCAAAGGAGUCACUUCAUAUUUUGCAAAAAGUUCCCCAGGCAGAAGUGUCGCUCCAUCAGGAGUGAUGAUUCCAAAUCAGACAACACCUCUGACCUUUCAGACAAUGAGCUGACCACAGACACUGGCCUGGAAGGAGGAGAAUAUGGAUAUUCAAAGCCUGUCCUACGCAAAAGGGCCACAGCAGGGAUCCCUGCGGCAUUGUUUGACAGCAAAUUAUCAAAUGAUGAAAGUUCAGAUGGCUCUGUGAUGCUCAAACGCAAACGAGGACGUCCACGAAAACUGAUCGAAAAAAUUGUGAAACGCAAGAAAAUACCACGCACAACCAAGAUGGAUGUAGUUUACAGCAAGGAUGAUGAAUCAGACGACUCCUGCCCUGCAAUACUGCAGGAGGAGAUGACAGAGCAGAGUGCUCCACUGGCCUCCUUUAAACCUAUGGGAUUUGAGAUGUCUUUCUUAAAAUUCCUGGAACAGUCAAAUAAGUCUGAACAUGUCCUCACAAGGAAAGUUGAUGUGCCAGAAACAUGGAGGAAAACAUCCAGUGUGAACACCAAAGACACUUGUGUCAGGUUCAGUAACCUUCGGAAUUUGAAAUCACUUAGUAAGGUUAAAAUAAUUAUAGAUGCUGCUUUUUCAGGUGUCACUGACCUUAUGUUGAAACAGCUGCAGUCCAUGCAGCCCACAGUGGUAUUGGAAAAAAAUGACUAACUGGUCCUUUUGUUGUUUUUUAAAGCAGAAUCUCAGGACUUGAGUUAAAUCUGCUGCAACUGGUGCCCUACUUAUGAAAGUUUUUUUUACUCAUCCAGUAAAAAAAAGUUAUACUGUAAUAUGAUCUGUACAAUUUAUCUUUUUUUUAAUUGAAGUAUGUAUAGCAUGUUUUUAUUUAUGGACUGUUAAGUCAGAAAGUUGAUAGUUAAAAUCUGACAUCAGCUUUGGGUGUCUUAAUUAUCCCUGUGGGACUUACAGACAAAUGGACUUUGAAAUGGCCUCUAUUGUUGUGUGUAGUUUGUGAUUUGAAGAUGUUGAUUAUUGUGCGUUAUGUAUAAAGUUUGAAAUCACCCACUGCCACCAGCAGUCUUACUAAUAAACAAACAGUUUUUUA